CUCUACCGUUUUCCAAUAAACAUAUUCUCCACACACACACAAAAUACAGCACCAAAAUGGCAUCUUCCAAUCUUAGAAAAGCAUGUUCCUUCACCGUCCUCCUUCUUUGCUCUUUGAAUUUCACACUUUUUAUCCUUUCUGCUACCUCAUUUGCACCAACCAUCCUCCUCAAAAUGCCACCAACUUCAUUUGGCAUGGCAUUCCUCAUGGUUUCCACCAUAUCACUUUUCUCAUCUUUUGUCGGCUUCUAUUCACACCUCACACACUUGUGUUUUCUCACUCACAUUUCCCUGACACUAGCCUCUUUGAUAGGACAAAUUCUCACCAUAUUUGCUUUGUUUACCAAAGAGAAUGCAAGCCUCAAAAUGUUAAAGUCAUCAAGGGACCCAAAAGAAGCUAAACUAUUGGUAAGGCUUGAAUGUGGGGUUUUGAUGGGAAUGUGUAUGUUGCAGUUUGUUGUGUUGGUGUUGAGUUGUGUAGUGCAUAGUUGUGUGGUGAAAGAUUAUGAAGAACUUGAAGCUGAGAAAGAGGCUAUUGCAAGAAAGAGAAGUAGAAGGAUCUCUAAAGUGCAAGAGGAAUCCACUGCAAAUGUAGCUAAGAUUGACGAAAUUAAAGAUAAGGAGUUUGAUGAGAAAAUGAAAAGCAAAUAUGGGCAGUGGGUAAAAACUGAUUUUGAACCAUGAGACUAAUUCUCAACAACUUGCUCUAUAAAUCUUCCUUCUACAUUGUAGUGUAGCAGAUAUUUUCAUGAUUGAUUUUUAAUUCUUCUUUAGUUGUUUAUUGUUGUUGUUGUUGCUGCUGUUGUUUGUGGGGGGGUCACUAUGGUGUGGCUUUUGUAUUUGUAAUCUGGAGAAUUUUUUAUUGCUUUCUGACCAUCCAUCAUGUUAUUAUUGAGUAACAACAGUUUGCCAGUCCAUAA